CUCAUCCUUAAUUUGCUUUGUUCUUUCUAAAACCCUAAAACCCCGAGACGGGGGAAUGGUCGCGCUCUCCAGAUCCGAGCUCGAUUACAUCGAAGGAGGCGUCAAGCACGACUUGCGAUCGGAUGGCCGCGGGCGCUACCACUUCCGCAAUCUCUCCAUCCAAGUGGGAAUCAUCCCCCAGGCCAAUGGCUCGGCUCGCGUUCGUCUUGGAGGCACAGACUUGAUUGUUAGCGUCAAGGCAGAGCUUGGAUCGCCUCGCAGCUGUCGACCAAACUAUGGCAGCAUUGAAGUUAUGGUGGAGUGCUCGGCUACCGCUGGACCCGAGUUUGAGGGACGAGGAGGAGAGGAUCUAAACAUGGAGCUUUCGCGAGCUUUGCAACGCUGCUUCGUUGGUGGACCAAGCGGUGCUGGAGCGGCGAUCGAUCUGAGCACGCUGGGAAUUGUCGCGUCCAAGUUUUGCUGGGAGCUCUUCGUCGACUGCCUGGUUGUAAACUCGGAUGGAAAUCUUCUCGACGCUCUGUCCAUCGGUGUCAAGGCCGCCUUGAGCAACACUGGCAUUCCAAGCGUCAAAGUUACCGGAAACACGGCCUCGGAGGACGAUGCGGACCUGGAAGUUGGGGACAAUCCAGACGAGUUUGCUCGGCUCGACGCUUCCAAAGUGCCACUGAUCAUAACUCUCACCAAGAUUGGCCGGCACUACAUUGUGGACGCAACUCCGGAGGAAGAGAUGGGAAUGUCGUCGGCUGUGUCGGUGGCUGUGAACAGCAAAGGUUUGAUUCUCGGCUUGACGAAACGAGGUGACGGAGGUUUGGAUCCCAGCGUUGUCACGGACAUGAUCUCGGUGGCCAAGCACAUUGCACGGGACUUGAUAGUUUUGGUUGACACGGAGAUUGCUGCGGCCGAGCUAAGGGCCGCUGAGAACCAGUGAAGGAACCGAAUUCUUUUAUCUCUUCGUCUGUAUAUUUUAGUGUUUGGAUUUCA